UUCCGAACAGUUCGGUCUGAGUUCCACUGAUUUCAGUGUGCAGGCUGCUCUUUAUAUUUAUGCCCUAGUUCGCCUGUUUCUUCAGUCUUAUCAUGUCGGUGGCGUUUGCACCUCACAGGCAGCGGGGGAAGGCGGACAUCACGCCCGCUGGGAUACAAAAGCUACUCGAUGAAAACAACCAACUUAUUCAGUGUAUAAUGGACUACCAGAGCAAAGGCAAAACAGCGGAAUGUUCACAGUACCAGCAGAUGCUUCACAGAAAUCUAGUUUACCUGGCCACGAUAGCAGACUCCAAUCAAAACAUGCAGUCUCUUCUCCCAGCUCCGCCAACUCAGAACAUGCCCAUGGGUCCAGGUGGGAUGAACCAGAGUGGUCCACCCAAUCAGCCUCCCCACGGUCACAACAUGCCCUCAGAAGGUAUGGUGAGUGGCGGACCCCCUGCGCCACAUAUGCAGAACCAAAUGAACGGACAGAUGGCUGGUCCCAAUCAUAUGCCAAUGCAAGGUCCCGGCCCCGGCCCGAAUCAGCCUCCCAACAUGCCCAGUGGGUCCAUGAACAUGCCCCCCAACAGCCAUGGGUCGAUGGGUGGUUACAAUCACCCUGUCCCGUCCUCCCAGGGGAUGCCAGCACAAAGCCAAAUGAACAUGACUCAGGGCCAGCCCAUGGGCAACUAUGGACCCAGGCCAAGCAUGAACAUGCAACCCAACCAAGGACCCAUGAUGCACCAGCAGCCUCCCUCUCAGCAGUAUAACAUGCCUCCUGGUGGUGGUGGACAGCACUACCAAGGGCAACAGAACCCAAUGGGGAUGAUGGGUCAGGUCAACCAAGGGAAUCAUGUAAUGGGGCAGCGGCCGAUGCCCCCUUACAGGCCCCCUCAGCAAGGACCCCCACAGCAGUACCCAGGGCAGGAAGACUACUAUGGCGACCAGUACAGUCACGCAGGACAGGGAGCCUCGGAAGGUAAUGCCCAGUACGGCCAACAGCAAGAAGCGUAUCAACAAGGGCCCCCCCAGCAGCAAGGCUACCCUCCUCAGCAGCAGUACCCUGGUCAGCAAGGAUACCCUCCACAGCAACAGGGCUACGGCCCCUCCCAAAGUGGCCCAGGACAGUACCCUAAUUACCCCCAAGGACAGGGACAGCAGUACGGUGGCUAUCGCCCGCCACAGCCCGGACCCCCUCAAGGCCAGCAGCAGCGCCCCUAUGGCUACGAUCAGGUGAGUAUGGCUACAACCAGGGAGGUGACUUAGGCCUUGUAGUGUGAGCUCCGUUUUUUUCAUCUGUAACUGUGAUUGUUGUAGGGCUGCCCCCUGUCAUUUAAUAGCAUUUGAUUUUGUUACUGUCUGUCUGCAACAUUUGCUUUGUUUAAUCCAUCCAUAAUCUUGUCAGCAUUUUUUCCUUUCGUUUUGCUUUAAGUUCUGUAAUGAAAUGUCCAUACAGUGUAUGUCAGUUUAGAGUUUUCCACUCCCGGACUCACCGGUCAUUGUAGCAUUUGAAAGGGGGCGGCCCUACAAAUCGAUGUUCUAGACUAGCCUGGAGAACUAGACCUGAGCAUGCUCUCAUGGCUUUUUCUGUUGAAGCAAUGUACGCUACUAUUAUCUGUCACGUGCAACUGUGCAUUACUUCUGCUGAUAAACAUCGCAUGGCAGGCAAAUAUGAGGGCUUUGGUUCUUCCUCCUGGAGAGCUCCUCGUGACAGUGUUUGUGAAGGAAGAUCGAUUUGUUGCCCUGUUUUCCCUGUGGCCUCGUGUGAGGACCACAGCUACACUUUGAUAUCUUUAUCUUUGAAUAUUCAGGCGCACAUGAGGAAAUAAAGACCCGGGGAAUUGAACCCCUGACUAGAUCUAUAAGAAGCAAAGGUAAUGGUUGCUGUGAAGACCUCAACGUCCAAUCUAGACGUUUGACCACUUAGACCUAAUUUGCAUUUAUUUUUGUUUUCCUCUGUCUCUUUUUACAUGAUCUCUCGUAUGUCUUCUUUUCACUUCCCUGUGUAUAGUUAAAGUAAUACCUGUUCUUUUUGUUUUUAACACCUGUAUUUUGUUGGCUGUCAGGGGUCGAAUAGUGAGUCGUGAGGUCCACCAACACAGCAUGCUCCUGGCUCAGGUGUAAAUGGAUGCAAAUGUAUUAUAUGUUGAAAAAAAAACAGUGACUUCUUCAUCGUAAAUAUUAAGCACAAACCUCGACCCCUGUUUUAAACCAUUGACUAGUGAUGUACUCGCGCUGAAUUCUACCUCAGUAGCCGAUAAAAGCCUCGCUACUGCUCAGUAAGAGUCUCAAACUGUACAUGCUGCCACCUGCUGGACAAAUCUAUUAACUACAGCUGUAGAUUAGAUGACGUGUUAUGAUUGAGUGAAUAGAUUUUUGUGAAUUAUGACCUGUUCUUAAGUUAACACGGUGAUGUCAUAUUUCCUCCCCCCUCCCCCACAGGGCCAAUAUGGGAAUUACCAACAAUGAGAAACGGUCUGAACAUCCCUCACAGAUCUGCUGUGAUAUCCUUCUGAGCUCCGACUGAGCUGCGGUCAGGUGGUUUGGCAAACACAAGAGUGAAAAAACACAUUCCCCACCCCACUCUCACCCUGAGCUAUCAGCUUUGACUGUAAACCGUGUCAUUUCAUGGGCAACAAAUGUAUCGACCAUUGGACACCGAGAGAGCAAUGCCUUAAAAUGGAACUGCCUUAUCCUCCAGCAUUGCCGAUUGUGACGCAGGCUUGUACGUUUUUCGGGUGUCAGAGAUUCCAACGUGCGUCGAAGAGCGAGUCCAUUCUGGCGCGGUGUCGUUUCUCCGUCAGCUUCCUGUUCACGAGAAGCAAUAAAGCCAGCAGUGCGGGAAACAAAAGCACCGCUCACUUCCUGCUAGAACAUGGUACAUGUCUCAUUGUAUGUGAUAAUGUAAAAAUGUAUUUUAUUCUUUUUUUGAGCAGGAUAACUUUGUAUUGAGACAAUGCAGACUAGUACUAAAGUUGUGUUGUUUAUUUCUGAUGUGUAUGUGUCAAAUGUGUUUUUUUUUUUACGAUCCCAUCGAGCGCCAACUUUGCUAUUGUCGCGAUUGUUUUCUGUCAUUGUAGUUUUUGAAGGAGCAAAAAAAACUUGUUUUCAGGCAAGAUUUGGUCUGUCCGUGGACUGCAAAUUUAUUAUCAACCACAGGGUGGAGUCACUUCAACUUUAGGUCAACGCUGGAGGCCCCUCGUUCAAAAACUCUGGUAUUGAAGGUUCACUGUUGGAAAAAAAUGUACCAUAAGAUGUGAAAACUGUUCUGACAUUUGACAGUAAAGACUGGUUGUGCAGUUUUGUUCUAUCACUGGUUUGGUCCUUUUUGUUUUGUGGUGCAUACUUUCUGGACCCUGUAUGUACAGAGGCAUGAGAGAGGAGGGCUGCUGUCCCUUGUAUUGUUUAUAUGGCUGUUUUAAUAUUCUGCACCCGUCUCUGUGGUGGCCACGUUUGUGUCUUGGUAAUGUAAAACUGUACAUUAUAAUAAAUUGGAAAAAAUCUUUAA